CAGUACUCCUGAUGAUAUAUAUGUACGUAAGAUCUGGCACUUAUGUUUUGUGCCCGCAGCCCGUGGAGCCUCUACACACCGCUGCAGACUUUUCCGCAAUAUUUACAUGUACUGUAAUCAAUUCCGAACAAAUGACUAAGUUGCACAGAUAGAGAAUUCCGACGAAUGUUGCAUAUAAAUGAGCGUCAUCCUUGCCAGGCUAUGACGAUCAAAUAUGUUUGCCCGCAUCAUCACCUGAGUUCGUACAACCACUUAUAUAAUCAACGCCGGUGGGCAGAGCGAGAUCGAAAUUCUAUAAAAUCAGGGUAAACGGAAUCAGAUUGUCUGCUGCAUUCAUGGCAUCAAAGGAGUCGACGCAUCGUGUUAUGUGGACAAAUCAUCGCUGCCUAAAACUCACCAAACGCGUCCGUCCUUUAAAGAGUCUGGAAUGUUCAUCUCAAGUAUUCGCCCCAAAAAUAGUGCAAUAUUGUGCUACGAUAGACGUCUCACAAACACGGACGGCGCAGUGCCUGCAAGUGCUGUUCCAAUGAAAUCACCUAGCAGGUCUUUCCACUAUGGUCUCCGAGCAAAACUUGAGGUAAUUUACCCAAUAGGGUUCUCUCAGUUGUGCCCUGUCUGCCACACUGAGCCAUUUACAAUAAAUCAUGCACUCGACAAAAGAAACGAUUGCAUUUACUUGUGCAUGUUCGCAUCGUUAUUGCAGUACUUUGCUUUUGCCUUACAUCGAUUCGACAUGUUAAAGUACUGCUUACAUGAUCUGCUGUCGUCGUUCGUUGUCGUGGUAUGGAUAAUUAUUCUCCUGGCCUUCACUUUAAUGAGUCCCACGAUGUUCCUGAAGACGGGGUAUCCAGUGUAAACAGGCAAUUUGCCUCAUUUACAAGUCUCAUCGUUUUUCAACAAGACGACCUACUCUGCGCGUGUAAAGCGUACAUCAGCAACAAUCAACAGACAAAAGUAUGCAAAUGACCAUUCAGAUGAAAGACAUGGUUAAGAAAAAAAAAUUCGGCUUUCCGCUGCUUGUGAUUUAAAUCUUUUAAGUUAUGAUGAGAAGAACAAAAUAGGUAGCUUAACUAGAGAGUAUAUCAGCUUCGCCACUUGGUCGCCUCAUCUAUGAUUCACUGCAAUGUCCCUCCAAAAUAAUGAUUGUAUUUUGAGGUUCUCUUGUUCGAGUGCUUAAAAAGAAUUGCUGCUGGAUAGUCAGGAUGGUCCCUGGAUUUGAGAUGUUGUGGGACUCUUCGCAGCUGACUCCGAAGCUGCCUAUCCACGUCACUACGUAAAAAUAUCUACAAGUACAAAUACUGUAAGUUGGUAGCUCCCUGUCGUGUUAUUAAAAAACGUCUUCAAUCAAACACAUACGAAACUAAUGCUGUUGUCAUUUUGCAUCGGCUAUUGCUUGUUCAGAGUAAGCAUUGCGUUAGCUUGUCGAGAAGAUCGCAAUCGGGUAGACUAAUCGCGCCAAAGAAAGCAUAUGGCGAGCCAGCUAGUUUCUUGAUAGUAGCUCUACACUAGACAAGCCACCAGCCAGCGCAGAAGGGACAUUAAUACUGUAACUUGGAUCUUGCCGAGCUUGCUAUAAGAGCCACAACUCUCAUGGUGCCACAUGUCGUGCAUGCGUCAUGUCGCUGACAUCCAAAGCGCAGUACCCUUGCUGCUAUGAUUAGUAUAUUAAGAAGUACCGUAAUGCUGGCAGUAUAAUCUUCAUAGCGCGGAUUAAAGUAUAGUAAGAAGUGGCGAAACCCGGCAGCUGGUUUCUCAAGUGACAGGCCCAGCUCACCU